AUGCCUCACGAGGCAAUGGUAGAAGGUGAGCAAAUCUCCAAAGAAGAAGCCGAGUCCAACGGCUGGAUUACCGCUCACAGAAAACGGAACGCGGAUAAAACCCGCCUCGAGAACGAGACGCGCACGGCAGGGCACAGUGGCGCCCGCGUUGGCGCCAGAAACGCCGGCCAGCUGAGAAAGGUUGCCGCAGCCUCCAGGCUACCGCGCCUGCCCAAAUCACACUUUCGAGUGGUCGUCCGCCCGGGGGGAGGGUUGGACGUGCGCAAAUGCAGUCAGCUUAAAGUCACGCAAGCCAUUUUAAUGGCUGCCAGGCUGCCCCCCGCGGCAGCCGAGGAGGAUAUCGUGUGUGCGAAUGCCAUGCAGAACAUCUUCGUUAUAAGCACACCCUCCGAAUCGAACGCCAAUGCAUACUCCACAGUGCAGGAGAUAAUCUUGGCGGAUAAAAGGCACCCUAUCACGGCUUACAUUACACCUCCGGGAAAUACCUGUAGAGGUGUGGUCAGAGGCAUCGAUGCCGAUCUGCCUGAAGCUGCGUUGCAAAGUCUUUUUGUCACACCGAAAAACCCGAUGGUGCUCGGAGUCAGGCGCAUAAAAGAGUCGACCACCGUGAUUGUACUGUUCAACGGCAUGAAAAUGCCAAACUAUGUCCGCUGCGGCCCCAACAUGGUACGCUGCACGCUGUACAAGAGGCAAAUAGACACUUGCCGCAACUGCGGCCGAGUCGGCCACAGAGGCGCUAAACGCAGGGCGGGCCCCGAACCCAUGGACGACGAGACGCUUUACGUGUCAGACAUCUCAGAACUGCUUGACAAGCUAAGAACGGACAUAAUUUCCGAAAUUAGCCCCAUCAAGCUCCAACUGGCUGAGCACACCACGAGGCUCCAAAUUUUAGAAUCCGACAGGCAGCGCGCGCUGCUUGGAGGGUUGUUUAGGCUGCCGGCACCAGAGAGCCCCGCCAUUCGGGAAGCCACGCCGUCGCGGGAGACGCAGCGGUAUACGGGGAAGCCAGGCGACACAGCCAUUCAGGAGCACGCAAACGUUCCCCUCGAGGAUGUAUUCCUCUUGCGCCGCUUCACAGCCAACCAAGCCCCUGCGAAUACCAGCUGGUUGGCGUUCCUGGCUUACCAGGGGGCACAACCGCCUUGGAAUCCCACCACUCCUGCGGUACCACUCCAGCGCCGUCCUCUGCAGAAACCGCAAGACAUUCCCCAUCUUCGGACACCGCUGCCGAGCACACCAUCGUCACCGGCGUGCUCCUCGCCCAUGCGCAGAGCGUCGUCCGAGAUUUCCUCGACUACGGUGUACGACGUGAGCACCGUGUACAUGGUACCCCUCUGCGCCUCCAACUUCCUCCUCAUGGUCGGUUCCUCGGUCGUGUUCCUGAGCAGUCUGUACGCCAAGUUCGAGCCAAGCGAUUCUGGCGAGCAUUCGUUCACGGCUCCCAGCACGUUGCUGGUGGCGCUGCUGUUCAACCUGGAGACCGUGCUCAUGGUGGUCUCGGGUUUGCUUUUCCUCACGGCCUCCGUCGGUCUUCUGGGCGCGGUGAGAGAGAACGUGUUCCUGCUGGAGGUCUACAAGAACGUCGUGCUGUUCCUCGUUGUGCUGAGCUUCGGGGCGUCCCUGCUCGUCGCGGGAAUGCCGUGGCUCGCGCAUACUUUCAUCAUGGAUCACGUGACCGAGGACUUCGUGGUCCACUACCGAGACAAGGCCGACUACAGGAAGACCAUCGACUACCUGCAGACCACCCUGAGCUGCUGCGGCAUGACCCAAGCCGGCUACCGGGACUGGCAGGCGAACGUGUACUUCGCCUGCAACGACAGCAAUCCCAGUCCCGAACGGUGCAGCGUUCCGCCUUCGUGCUGCCGUCAUACGCCGGGCCAUGGCGAGGCCGUCAAACGGUCAGCGGGGAACGUUCUCGGGGAAGACGCGUAUCCUCCCAUUCCCAACACCCUUUGCGGACGCGGAGUGCUUCGCAUGUCCGAUCGCGACGCUUGGAAGGUGAUCCACCUGAGAGGAUGCGGAGACGCCAUAUUCCAAACACUGCGUGCACACAACUUGGAGCUUUUCUUGGUCAUGUUGAUCGUGGUCUCGUACUUGCUGCUCCUCAACUCUCUCGCGUCUUCGGUGCAGUCGCAGAUCAGGUCGCUGACGAGGAUAUACGAUAAGUACUACGAAGCCAGCCCAGUCACGACACAAAUUCUCAGCGAGUCGCUUCUACAGUUUUCCCUGGACAUAUACGCCCAACUGAAGUCCCAAAACAAGGAUGGCCAGAACAUCUUUUUCUCGCCGUUCAGCAUCGCCGUGGCGCUCACCAUGACCCUCGCCGGGGCGCGCAACAAAACCGCCGAACAACUCGCCGCUCUUCUGCACGUCAAAGACAGUCGCGAUAAACUUCAGAGCAGUUAUGCGAUAUUGCUGAAAGAACUUUCGAAAUUCGCACCGGACGUCGAGUUCCACGUGGCCAACCGGAUGUACGGCGACCAACGCUUCGCGGUUCAGAAGAGUUAUCGUUCCGACUUGGAAAAGUCGUACGGCGCCACCAUCAUGUCGGUCGACUUCUCGAAGAACCACGAAGAGAUUCGACUCGAAGCUAACGAGUGGGUCUCGGAGCAGACCGCCUCCAAGAUUCGAGAUCUGCUCCCACCCGGGAGCGUCGGCGCUGAUACCGCUUUGAUACUGCUGAACGCCAUCUACUUCAAGGGCUUCUGGAGCUCGCCGUUCAUGGCGAACGACACCCAACCGCGUAACUUUCACCUCGACUCCAAGAACGUCGUGAAAGUAGACACCAUGCACCACAAAAAGAGUUACAAAAUAGGCAGUUCCAAGGACCUCAAGGUUAGAGCUCUUGAGAUGCCUUACAGGGGCGGCAAGAUGUCCAUGAUCAUCCUACUACCGGACGAAAGGGAAGGCCUGCCGUUUCUGGAGAAGCACAUUACGUCCGAGACGCUGAGUGCGCUACUGGGAGGCCUCGAGCGUGACGAUAACGUCUGCCUCAGCCUUCCCAAGCUCAAGAUCGAGCGCGGUCUCGCUUUCAAGGACGUCCUCAAGGCUCUCGGCGUCGUGGACUUGUUUACGCCGGAGGUGGCCGACCUCUCGGGGAUCUUCGAGUCCGGUAAUCCCGCGGUGACUGACGUGGUCCACAAGACGUUCCUUCAAGUUGACGAGGAAGGCACGGAAGCGGCGGCCGCUACAGGAAUAAUGCUGACGAUGUGCAGCGGCUUCAUCAGGCCGGUUCAGCAGACGUACUUUAGGGUGGACCAUCCUUUCAUGUUCUUCAUCAAGACGAAUGAGCCGGACGUAAUCCUCUUUGCCGGAUCUGUACGGAGGCCCUGA